AUGGCUGCAUCCGGCCGCACUACGGUUGAGUUGUUUUAUGAUGUUGUUUCACCAUAUUCCUGGAUCGCAUUUGAGGUGCUGUGUCGAUAUAAAGCAAAAUGGAAUAUAGACUUGAAGUUAAAACCGUUUUUUCUCGGUGGAAUAAUGUCAGGAGCAGGUAACAAACCGCCAGGUUUAGUGCCGGCGAAAGGAAAAUACUUCAACAAGGAUCUUUCUCGCUUGGGGAACUACUACAGUAUACCAAUAGUCCCUCCAUCCAAUCCUCAAGAACUUAUGUUUGUCAAAGGGACAUUGAUGCCACAACGAUUUCUUACUGCUGUUGACCUGCAGCAGCCAGAACUAGUGGAGGAUCUGUCCCGGCAGUUCUGGAUAAGAGCAUGGAGUAAGGAUCAAGGAAUUGCUGAUGAGGAGGAUAUACGAGAGACUUGUAAAGACAUAGGAUUCCCCAGCGACCUCAUGGAAGAUUGCCUGCAGAAGAUGAAGGGCGAGAGAGUAAAAAAUAGACUGAAGCAGUUCACAACAGAAGCCCUGAACUUAGGAGCUUUUGGGGCUCCUACUAUUGUGACCUAUGUUAACAACGAACGUGAAAUGAUCUUCGGAUCCGACAGAUUUCCGAUAUUAGCUGAUAUGUUAAACGAGGAGUGGAUGGGACCGCUUACAGAGCUGUCGAAGGCAAAAUUGUAG